AUGAUGUCCUUAAAAUUCCAUAAGCUUCCAAAAGAAACAUAUCUCGAAUUGGCUGAGUAUUUGCCUUUGGAAAGUUGGCGGGCUCUCAGUCAAACAUGCCAAUCACUUCGUGAUAUCUACUUGGUACUUUCUUGGGGCAGCUGCAGAACGACUUUUAAUGAAGCAGAAUCAUCACCACAGGUUACCACCAGAGAGAUUUCUGAAAAACAAGUACUCAAUCCCCAGAAGUAUUCUUGGUUUCUAAACGGGUCUGUUAAAAAAAUACAGAUCAAUCCAAGAAACAUUAGAGAAGGUGAUUCUGACACGAACAACUUUUUUGAUGAAAAGUUCCCAUUAGAACUCUAUCCGUCACUUACUUCAUUAAACAUCUCUCUGUCUUAUGGCGAACUUACUUUAAUUGCAAAUAGGAAAUUUAUGGAAUCUCUAUCAGGGAAUCCCAACUCCCCCUUAAAAGUCGAUCUAAAUAUUCAGGAUCUUCCUGAUGAAACCGAUGUUGACGAAAAAUUUACUGAGUUUUGUAACACAGUUCUUUCUAGACAUGUUGUGGAUGCCAGCAUUAUUGAAGCUAAGCGUUGGCCAUUCCCCAAUACAAAUUUUGAGAAUCUUUUGCAGCUCUCAAUUUUUUUAGGUCACUUACCAAACAUAAUUGACCAAUUUGAUCACUUCCCCAAUGUCAAGGAGCUGGAAAUCUAUUGCCCUUAUGCAUCUGGAUCAGAUGGAUUUUAUGUACCUUCUGAUUUAUCUCUUUUAGCUAAAUUCUCUGAUUCGAGGUUUGAAAAAUGUUUUAUUGACCUUUCCAACCCUGGUCCGUUGGAUUUUACCCACAUUUUACUAAAUGAACAUACCACUGAAACAUACACACUCCCCUGUGUGACAAGUUUAGAUUUAAUAUUUGAUGAUAUAUUCAAUCUUGAUCUGUUUCUAAAGCACUACCAGCUUCCAAAUGCGAAGACAAUCUGUGGCACUGGAUUUGAUUUUGAAGGAAGGUAUGAACCUGGAUGGUACUCUAAGAUUACAAGCAUUCAAAUUCAACUUGAUUCAGAAAUUUCACAGAUUCACUUUGAAAAUUUGGGAAGAAUUUUUGAGCUUUCAGCAAUCACUGAUGUUGUUAUUGACAUUGAGUGUUAUGACUCAUACAUUAACCCAGUCAUCAAUGUUUUAUUGGAAGGUUGUCCAUGCGAUCCUACUACCCCUAGAGAAGAGUUGUACAAUUAUUUUUCUUCAAAACUGAAGAUUGAAAAUUUUACAGACAUUAAUCUCUAUAAAACAAGAAGAACAAUAAAUAAAUCUUCUUUAUCUAAAAAUAGCAACACUGAAAUUAAAAACUACUUUGAAAAUGUGUACAGAAUGAGAGAGUCUAUUUUUGAGCAAAUGAUUAUGUUAAUCAAGUCACCCGAAAGUAUUAUUGAAGACACAGACUCUCUUAUGAUGGAACUUUGCUUUAUGUCAGCCUUAAUUGAGUAUAUUUUGCAGAGAAUUGCUGAUAGCACUACAGUGACUAAAUUGUUGCUUCUUUUUGAAGAUAAUAUAAAUUGGUCACCAGGUUUACGACGACUUUGUUAUGGCCAUAAAAGCCUUGAAACAAUCACAGUAGAAAUGAGGAAAGAUCCUAAGAAUAUGCAAGAUUAUAAAAAUUUUCGUGUCCCCAAAGUUAGGAAUAAAUUCCUCCUAGGAAGAAGAGGGACACAGAGCGUUAUUUAUGAUAUGAAGCACCCUGAUUAUGUAUACGCUCAAAUUGACACGUUUUACAAGGAAGAUCUGCCAGGUUCUUCAGAAGAAUUAAGUGAUAACGAACUGGAUUCACAAGAUUCUGAUAUACUUCGGUUCGGGGGUUACCACUCUGAAGACGAAUCUAUUCACUCUGGCGAAUCUUAUGGGGUUAAUGAAGAUAUGUGGAGUGAUGUGAAUAUUCAUCAUUUUGGCGAUGAAUAUUACAAUGAAUACUAUGAUGAGUAA